UCUGUGCGCGCCGCCGCCCCGCAAUGCUGACGGCGGUCUGCGGCUCCCUGGGAUCGCAGCCCUCGGACGCGCCCCGCGCCUCCCCGACCCACCUGGACCUGCAGCCGCUCCAGCCCUUCCAGCCGCACGGCCCCGCCGCUCCCGGGGCCCCCGACUUCGCCUCGCCGCUGCCCCCGCCCGAGCUGCCGCUACCGGGGCCCGACGACGCCGCGUUCGCCGCCGCCGCCGCCGCCGGCGCCUACGAGCCCCAUGGCCCCCCGAGGUUAGAGCUGCCCCCCGACGGCCCCGCCGCCCCCGGAGCCUACGCCAAGCUGCUGCCGGCCGCCCCGGACAUGGCGCAUCCCUACGAGCCGUGGUUCCGGCCCCCGCACCCCGGAGCCCCCGGCGAGGAGGGCGGAGGCGUCAACUGGUGGGACCUCCACGCCGGAGCCAGCUGGAUGGAGCUGCCCCCCGGGCAGGGCGGGGGGCUGCAGGUGCCCGCGCACCCCGGGCUGCCCGCGGGGCUGGGCGGGUACGGCGGGGGCGAGCACCAGCUCUGCGCGCCCCCCGCCCACCUGCUGCCCCCGGGGCAGGCGGCGUGCCGCUGCCCCAACUGCCAGGAGGCCGAGAGGGGGGGUCCGUGCCCCGAGGGGGCGAAGCGCAAGCACCUGCACAACUGCCACAUUCCCGGCUGCGGGAAGGCGUACGCCAAGACCUCGCACCUGAAAGCCCACCUGCGCUGGCACAGCGGCGACCGGCCCUUCGUGUGCAACUGGCUCUUCUGCGGCAAGCGCUUCACCCGCUCCGACGAGCUGCAGCGGCACCUCCAGACCCACACGGGCGCCAAGAAAUUCUCCUGCCCCGUCUGCGGCCGCGUCUUCAUGCGCAGCGACCACCUGGGCAAGCACAUGAAGACGCACGACGGGGGCAAGGACGGGCCCGAGCCCGAGGGCAAAGCCGGGGACCCGUCGGCCGCCAAGGGAGGCAAGAGGGAGCCCGAGGGGGGCACGGCCGCCCCCACAAACUGA